GCAAGUUUCAAAAUUUAACAGAUUCGCAGGCGUCUUUUCGAAAUUUGUAUCAGUUAUUGUUUAUCAUUUUGGUUUCAGCUUCUCUUAUUUUCUUGAAAAAUAGAGAAGAUGCCGCGUAGAAAAAAGUCGAGAAAGAAUCAAACUAGUCGUAUGCGGCCGGUGCUUCCAGAGGGCGAUCUCGACUCUUCAAUGAGCAUCGAUGAACGCAAAGCAAAGUUGGAUAUUUAUUUGAAAGAUUUAAAUAUGCAAGGUACAGAUAUUGUAAAGCUAACUGUUUUAUUUUUUGACGAACAUGUGGUAAACUUACUUAUAAUUCAGCUUAAAACUAUAUUUUAAUAAUGUACAUUACGGGAAACAUUCUUUAAGGUACUUUGGACCAUAUAUAAAUGUUAUAAACUGAACGGCAAAAUCACGGACAAACGUACCUCACAAUCCUUUAAGUCCAAAAUACAGCGGUUUAAUCUUGUAGAUCCUAUAACUGAAAAUUGUGGCUGUUGUCUUAUUUGUAGUUCGUGAGAAUUUUAAGAAACGUAUUUAGUAUUUUUAUGUAUAUUUUGGUGGGGGAUAUCUCCGUUACUUUUAACUUUUAAAUUUUAACUUUUUAUAAAUUUUAGAUUUUAGUGAAUUAUGAAUUUAUCUGGGGAUACCAUGUAUAAACUCAUUUUAUCAUUUUUUCCCCUAUUAUUUUAAAUUCCCCAAUUAGCUUUUUAAGUAAAAGACAUGGACACUUAAAUUAAGUUGUUAUUUCAACUGAAACUUUUAUAGAAUCGAAGUGAUCGCAUUAAUGACUAUUAAACCUGCAAUGUUAUGGUGCUGGUGUGGCUUUCUAAAGUGAACGAUACGUUUUCUGAAGCUAAGUUAAAUUUUUUCCCAGUGUAUAUGUAAGAAUCAUAGCUGAAAUAAGCUCCAGAUUUCAUUUUAUAUGUCUUGAAAAUAUAAUUUUUUUACUCAAACUUGCCACCAUAUAUAUGUCACUAAAUCAUAACUCUUCGGAAUGUGUUCUGCCAAUAAAUGACUUGGACCUGAUUGCAGUUUGUUGUAUUAUUUCCCAUGCUUGUUCACAUGUAGUUCAAGAGAGAGUGGAAAAGAUGAAAGCCAGGGGUUAUGACAUGAUCUGUAAAGUGAAAGGAGCUUUUUCUUUGGAGAUCUUGAAACUUCCAAUGGUAGGUUCUUAACUAGCUGAGGUACAUUUAUGUUUGAGGAGUCAAGGGGACCAAUCAUUUUGAAAACAAAACAUAAGAAAAAAUGUACUUAAGAAUACUGUAUGUUUAAGAAUUUCACCUUUGGUUCAAUUUGAUUGAAUUACAGGAUGGUUCAUUGCUCUCAUUAAACAACAAUGUGUGCAUUAUCAUGAAUAAUGACAUUGUGACAUGUUGCUUAAUGAAAUUCUCAAAAUUUUUCCAAAUACACUUGGGUGGCUUAUCUUCCUUAACAUUAACUUGUAGUUGAUAUCAUAAUCGACUCCAAGCUUCACAUGCCUCCUAUUGCAACACAAAAUAUUCUUUAAAAACUAGUACUUUUAAACUUUUAACAAUAAUUAUUGUGGAUGUAAUUAUUGUUGUUAACAAUGUGAUCAGACUAAUUGACUCGUUGAAUUGCAUUUAAAAUACUGUCAACUUUUGCUCUUAUUUAUAUAGAACAUUAGAAAGAUGAAGCUGUGUGAUUAUCGAGGUAUGUGACUGGAAAUUGUAGAGCUCUAUUUAUGGAACAUUGUUAAAAAUGGGUCGCUGUCAGCUAGCAGUAAUAGUUUGUCUUAAGUACUUCAUUGAGAAGAAGUUAGUUACCUUUGCAUUGGCUGUGUGAUCUUGCAAUCAAACUUGAGGAGAAAGCUUGUUGCAAGAUUAAGACCAAACAGUGGCUGCUUUAGGAAAGAUUUUUUACAUUAUGAAGUGCGUACCUCUUACUAAGGGUCUAGAUGAAUGUGUAUGUACUAUAGAUGUCCAUUGAGAUCAGUACAGUAUUCAUUCCAGGAAACUCAUUAUAAAGGAUUGAAUGACAUCACAUGACAAAUCAAUUAAAACUUUUGCAUUAUUACUAUCUGCAAUUGCCACUUGGAGUAUCCAUUUUUUUUCCUGGAUGGCUUGCAAAAGCCCAAUGCAAGUUAGAUCCACCUUCAUUGAUACCUUGCAGACACAAUCUGUUAGCAGGUUCUUAUUAUUACUGAUUUGGGACACACUUUUCUCUGCCAGUGGGAACAUUUGAGAUGAGUCAGGAAGAGGUAAUUUGGUAUUAUCAACUGAGCUGAUAAUGUAAAUUAGUCACCGUUAAGAGUUUAAAAGCUGACAUUUUGAGCAUUAGCCCUUUGUCAGAGCAAGUGACAAAGGGCUAAUGCUCAAAACAUCAGCUUUCAAACUCUUAACAAUGGCCAAUUUAUAUUAACAACUCUGUUGAUAGUACCAAAUUAACUUCAGUUGUUAUACUCUCCUUCUGACCUAGCACCACAGUUUCUUUUGAAACUAUCCUCUUUAUUCAUGAGUUGGGGAGAGGUUUUGCAGAGGGUGUGGAACUCACUAUCAAUGCUAGACUCUUUACAGACUUCUUGCUGGCUAGGGAUGCUCAAGGCCUAAUAUUUUACUUGGCGGGGGGGGGGAAGAGACGCUCAUGCAAAAACUCCAAUAAUGAGAGCCUGCUCACAAGCUACAGGUAAAUGGUAAUUGAGAGUAAACCACUGUGCCCUGACAACUAGCCAGCUAUGAUGCUCCCUAUUAUUAGUACCAGUCCACUUCAUUCUGUUAUGUUUACACACCUGUCUUCAAUCUCUUUUUAGCUCAAGGUGGUGAAGUGAAUGAAACUGCUCUAAAUGAGGUAAUGUUAAUACUAACAAUAAUUUAUCAAUGAAUAAGGAACUAUCUUAAGCUUCUUUUAAAUAACACUCAAGCAUCUUGAAUAAUCAGUUCAUAGGAAGAACAGACUCUAACCAUUUUGUAUUUUUGUCAAAAACUUGUGUAAGAAUGUAUGCACUAUGUUUAUGAAAUAUGUAAUAACUGAAAAUGGAAAGAGACGCUUUCACUCAACAUUUAUAUUUCAACAUCUCUUAUUAUUGCUUGAUUUUACAGGCUUCUAAACUUGUAACUGAAAUGACAAGAUCAGUUCUUCAACCUACAACAAAAGCUACUACAAGGUAUAAAGUAGAGAUGCUCACAACUCCAUGCAAGUGUCCACCAGACCUUCUCUUUUUGUUCUUAGUCAAUUCAAGUUACUCAACGGUUCUUAAACAGAUAUUUGUGAUCACCAGAUUAGUCUAAUGAUACAUAAUUUUUAGCGUUAUUUGUCCACAGAGAUCCAUUCACUGAACUUGGAAACCUGCCAUUGAAAACUCCAUCAGGUACAUGUUUGAUGAACACUGUGUCAUUCCAUAAUGUUUCCUUGUGCUUGUAAAGAUAAACUCUAAAUUCCAUCACAAUAGAUUAGACAAAAGUAACAUUUAGUUUAGACUGGUAGCAAAAAUUUAACUCGGAGAAAAAUUUGAAGAGCAACAUAUACACAAAAGGUGUCCAAACCAGAGGCUUGAUCAAGGCAUCUGUCAUAACUUACAAGCUCACACUGUUACAAUGUGAUGUAUAUGAUUUAUAUGAGUGUGUUGUAUUCCGCUCUCAUAUAAACUUCUUUCAACAUCAGCUUUGCUUUGUAAUCCUCUUCUUGUAGGAAUCAAAGUCAAAAGUGAGGAUCAGACAGGAAAUGUGAAACUAAAUGUGAGUGGAAAUUUUUACUCUGCAUCAUAACCAAACCUUUUUAAUUGAACUAGCUCUCACCCAACUUGCCAUUUCUGCCACAAUGUCUAAGGGGUGACCUAACCCAGGAAAGCAGAUAAGAAACUUGUAAUGUAAACAUUCCAUUUUCCUUGAGUUUAUGGAAUCAACAGAGCUUUGCUAUUUACUAUAGUUUUGUUAUAAACUAUUUCAGCAUUAAAUUUGUGGUGGUUUUAGCAGUAUUAUUGUUAUCAAAGAACUUUUUAAGAUGACCUUUGUAAGCAAUAAAAACUAGGUGUACAUUUUGCCUCUUUGUAGAAUCAAUUCUUUAAAGAAAACUUCUUAAGGGUUAGGGUUAGGGAUCUGAUUACAAUGAUGUUUUGUAGCUUUCAAAUAUUUCACUUUGUUUUCAGGAACCUGGGUUCUUGGAACCAACCACAGCUCCAAGAUCACUGCGUCCAAGAAAGGUGAAAAUGAGUAUGCAGUCACUAAUUUAUGAGGAAACUCCCAAUGUCACUCCUAGCUAAUACAUGUAUUUCAGAAGUCAAAAGAGGCUAAUUUUAGUACUUAUCUUAUUAUUGUGAGAGCUUUGCCUGACAGCUUAACCAGCUUACCCCAAGAUCUAGAUAUUGAUUCUCUACACUGCUUGCCGUACAUUUUUUCUUACUUUAGAUGUAAGAAUUUGGUAGUCAAUCAAACAACAAUUCCUCAACUGAGUUAAUAAUUUCUUGCACUACUUAUCACCUUACUGCAUUAAAAAGUUGAUGGUUUAUGAGAAAGCACCUUGGUAUAAACACCAAAUGUAAACUAAAAGAUAUUGAGAAGUCUUUUGUCACUUUCCUUUGUAAUGGAUCCCAUAAAGAAACAAUACUUUGAUGUCCUAUGGUCAUCAUAUCAGUAUGCUUAUUUUCCAUGCUGUUCUCUAUACAUUUCAUUUCCUGGUGUUGACCAGGAGAAUUUGUUUAUAACAAGCAAGAACACAUUCAGUUGGUGUUCAUUUCCUUAAUGUGUGUCUUAGGGGUGAUGUUCUAAAGAGAAUUUAGAUGUUAGCCAUUCUUAGGGAUCCCCUACGAGAGUUUAUCAAAAUACGACAAUGAGCCUUUAGUUAAAUUCAAAAGCAUCUAAAAAGUUGAAAGAGAUUGCAACAUGUUAUAUGAACAAUGAAUUGGAAUACACACAUGUACAGUAUGAAUACAUCCAAAAGUAAAAUGACUGUCUGAUGCAUCAUUCCUCAAUAGAGAAAAGACAUGUCUCCCAGCACAGUGGAUAAGAACACAAGAUCAGCCAAGACUCGCAAAACAAAAGAUAGCAUUACAGUUGCACCACCUUCUACUGGGAAACGCACAAGGUAAGUAUGCCUGACAAUUUUUUUUUCAAUGUUUGUGGACAGUUCUGCCCUAAUAUGCAAACUCAAACAACCAAUGAUUGAUCAAGUGCAAACAAUUACAGAAUGCUUUGGUAGAUUUGUUGGUGACUCAAUGUAUUAAAAUAGUUAUUGACUGAGUUUGGUUGGACUGGUCAGGUAAAUAUUUGGCUAUCCUUCAUGAUGCACAGACCUUGCUUGCCCUUAGUCUGUGUUUCAUGACCUGGAGCCAGAUAUUUUCCCUUUCACUCAGUCAAUAUAUUGAUAAAUAGUAUUAUUUUGUAAUUUCAUGGUAUGGUUCUGUGUUAUUAGCAAAAGGAUACAACCCAAAGCUCACUUUGCAACACCAGCAGUGAGGGGAAUUCCUUACAGCAACACACCAAUGGUGACACCAAAGUUUGACCCACGGUUAGUUUAUACAUAAAAUUUUUACUCAACAUACUUGAAUGGUAUUAUUGUAUUCUAAGUUUGUUUUGAUGCUCUAUUUAGCAGUGGGGGUUUUCCAGCAUUCAUGACUGGCACUUAACCCUUCAACCUGUAAGAGUGACUAGCAUCUAAUUUCUCCUACAAUAUCACCCAUGAUUCAAACAUGAAGGUCAUGAGACAGGGGCUUCAAAAUUGAUUUGAAGCAGGAAUCAGACUCUGCUAAAGUAGGUGACUGUGAAAAGUGCAUUAACCCUUAACUCCAGAUCAAAUUUUUCAUUUCUCCUUACUGUCAACCAUACAAUUAUCAUGAUGUUAGUUCUGAGAAUUUAGUAUUGGAUCAACUAAUUAUCUCCAAAUUGAUAUUUUUCUUUAUUCUCAUCACUUAUCUGGUUGAUGUUGUGUUGGUAUUGUAAGGAGAAAUUCUGUCAUGGUCAAUCAUGGGAGUUAAAGGGUUAAGGUAAUUAUUUUGACCUGAGGAACAAGUGACAUGUUUGGUAGCUGGCAGAACUCUGGCAGUUGCUGGCUUGUUUUGAAAUCCUCUAUGAGAUUAAAGGAAAUAAUCACCAGCUAAAGAAGCUUGUGAUUGUUAAACAAAUUCUCCUUGUUAAACCUUGGGAAAUGCAUGGAGAACAGAAUAUCGAAUAUGUACUGAUGUUAAGGUAUAAAGGGUUAAAUCAAUGAAGCCAUUGUGAUCCUUUUGUUCUAUAUGUUUAAAGGUUACCAGUGACUCCUGCCUUGCUGCGAGAACCAAAAGUUGGUGAAAGGUAGGUACUGUAGAGCCAAUAAUGUGAAAUUACCUGAACAAACACGUUACAUGUUUAUGUAAAUAGAACUUAUUAUUUAUGCCACUGAAAAUGAAGAAAAAGGCGCCUUUAGACAAAUUCAUUUUUUUUACCUCUGUCAGUUAUUUCUAUUGCUCUUUGGCAAAAGAAAAAAAUGACAAAAACAUGGUGUCAAACAUUCAGCGGUAUAAUCAUAAAUUAAGGAACAAUUGUAGUGUUACAGAACUGUAUGUACGGAUAUUGUUCUUAGUGCUUUGUAUUGAGCAUUGAUCAAAAUUCUUUUUUUCAGUAUCAUGUCUCUGAAUGGAUCGCCCAUUGUUAAUAGCGCUCCAGCCCCAAACACACCGCAGCUUUCUAUUUCCCUUGGUAACGGACGGGUAAGAGUUCUGCAGUAAUGUCAUUUCGGUUACUACAUGUACCCUGGUCAGUUAAGUGAGACCAUUCUUGAUAAAAACUCAAUCCAAAGAGAGUGUAUGAGCUCAUUGGUCAGUUCCCUGUUAAUUUUACAGAUUACGACAAUAUUCAUCAGUCAAAUGUUAUGAGACUGUGUGGAAGUUGUCUCUGACUUGUUCCGGUCUAUUAAUGUACAUGUAUGGUUAUCUCGCGAAAGUAAAGUAUUUUUGAAGGUUAUGCGUUUAUCACUUUGAAGUUUCAACAUCUUCCUGGGUGAUGACCCUCCCCGGUGCCAAAAUAUUGUUCAAAUGCCCCACCCAAGCGCUGGAUUUGAGAAUCAGUAUUUUGUAAAAGGCAAGGUCAGAUUUUCAUGUUGACCUUUUCUCCUCUCAUAACUGUCACUGUCAUUUCAAACAUCUUUCCUAGAGGAUUCAACUUAAUCCCACCUCUCACCUGAGCCCGUCGCAAUCGACGAUUCUGAACGACGCCGCAAGGAAGAAUGUGGAAUUACUGCAGGUGUGUGCAUAUACUUGUGUACAGGUACUCUCUUUAGAGUCAAGUUAAAUUCCUCAGCGAAAAGUGGUGUUAGUUUAUAAAGAAAUUGUGAUGCUGCGUCGGUGGGAGAGUGUAACAGAGUAAUGUGGUAUUAUCAACUGAGUUGAUAACGUAAAUUAGCCACUGUAAAGAAUUGCAAAGCUGAUGAUUCAUCAGAGAGAAUAGAGGAAUUGUGGGUUGUGUGUGUUUCUGUGCAGAAAAUGGAGCUCAGCUGCAUAUAAAACACACACACACAACCCACAAUUCCUCCAUUCGCUCUGACAAAGGGCUAACGCUCGAAACUUCAGCUUUGCAACUCUUUACGGUGACCAAUUUACGUCAACUCAGAAGUGAAACUACUUUAGGCAUUUUGACUUUCGUAUAAUAUUUUCUUUUUUAGCUUAAGUUUCCCCGCGCUAGGGGGUUGGCAUUAGUUGCAUACGUUUCCGAGCUUCUUAUUUAUAGCACAUAUCCCAGUUUUCCCCUCCUCUGGUACUUGGUACAUGCCUUCCUGCUCGUCCCACUGUUUGUGUGUUUUCCUGCAUUUUGUAAAGCUCUUUUGCAUUCCCGCUCUUCCCAACGUUUGUAUUUUCCGCCUAACCGCGCUUCGCACUGAUUGGUUGUUUUAUGAAGCGUAGCCAUGAUUUUUUUCCCGCGCCUCGCACUGGUUGGUUGUUGUGAAAGUACUUACAAACACGUUGUAUUUAUUUAUUAUUCUUGCAGCAAAAGCUUUCACAGCUCCUGGCCAUGCCAACUCCAGCAGAGAAAAAGUGAUUCUUAAUUUCCUUUUCUGUCAGUACAUUUUAUUUUGCUGAUGACAAGAAACCUAAGUUAACACUGUACUAAGACUAGGACUUAUGAAAAAAUGUUGAAAGUGUGUUAUUUGAUUGUUUAGAGCGAUUUUUUAAUUGAAUGUCGAAAGUAAUGUGGCCGCUUUUUGAUUGGUCCAGAAAACUUGCGUCACCCUCGCGACCAAUCAUAUGCAAAACUGAACCAAUCACGAUUUGGUUGCCCACGUUUUCCCGCGCUGUAGGCAGUUUGGUCGGUUUUACUUUGAGUUCUCAUUGGCUCUUAAAGAUACUUUCCUCUAUUCUGAUUGGCCUUUGUGAUUACCUUAGUUUUUGUUUUCUGACACUUGAUUGAAAAGUGCUCUAUGUAUGUUUGUGUUUACUUGUUUUAUUCACUUACUAUGCUCUGAGAAUUUUUCGCUUCAGUGUCUUUCAACAUAGAACUAUUCAGAUGUGAGAUUACAAAACAACCCAAAACAACCUUGGUGUUUAUCAAUUUGGAAUUGCAAAAUUGACUUAACAUAUUAGAUAAGUGUUGGUUAGAUUACUGAAUUUUUCUCUACAGCGGGCUGGUUAUUGAGCAUUAAAUAACUGUAACAUUUUCGUCUUUCCUUCCCUGUUUCAAUAAUACUGCCUCGUUACAUUUUCCAACACGACGGCUAAAACGGAAGUAACAAAAUUAUGACUGCUAGAGAAAUUUGUAUCAUUCAGUAAACCCAAGUUGGGUGUAUUUUUUAUCAUAUCGCAACAUUCGAUUUAGUCACUUGGUUUUUCAUACGUUUUUAAAAAAAUACUGCGUGCGGAGAUGUUUGAAUAGCAGGGGUGUUGAUAGAGAGAAAAAUUUCAUUGUCAUGUAUUCGAUGAUUGUAAUUUUUUGGAGUAUAAUUUCUGGUAACAUACUUCCUAUUUGAACCGUGGUCUCUUACUAUGAGCAUUAUUUUAAAACCCACUCUAGAAACUUUAGACGCCUUGCAUUGUCUUAUCUUUGCUUAGGGCGUCGAUUAAUUCGAAGCUUCAAACUUGCCCUCCCCUCCGGGCAAUCCUCCGGGCAUUUGAUCUUUUGAAGAUUGUUUUGUUCAAAUUCCUUCCACCUAGGGCAAAAAUUGUAUUCAAAUGCCCCACCCAAUUUUUUUUUCUGAGCCAUUCGCCUGCGAAAGUGGACUAUUUACCUGGAGCACCUCCAUAUUUAAAAAUAUAAAACUUGUAUUCCGCGGAAGACUUGUCACUACCGGUUCAAAUUUCCUCACACCGGUUCAAAUAUCCUCACACCAGCCAGGCUAGGUUAAAAUUCCCUACCACUGGGCACGGAAGAUGGUCAAUGUCAGUGGGUUGCCAGGGGGAUGUUGAAGCUUCAAAUUGAUCGGCGCACAAGUCGCUCCAAUCAUCUCAACUUUAGAGAAAGCUUUAUUGGGAAAAGAAAACUAAAGCAAAUAUUCCUGUGUUUGAGCCUCGAAGAUAAUCUUGUAAAUAAUUAUAAUUAGCACAACAAACAAUGGGAUAAACUAUUCAAAACAACGAAUUAUCUGAACGAGACCAAUAUUGAUAAAAUGACUCAAAAUCAAAUUUUGUUUUCUGUUUUGAAUAAACCUUUCAAAGUGCUUCACGUGGAAUGGACAAGAGCAAUAUGAAGAAUUCCCAGAGCGUUCCAUUCCCUGAAAGUCUGCAUUUCUUUUUAUAUCAUUAGGAAACUUAAAAUAGCCAGUGGUAUGCCUCGAAUUUGUCUCAGGCAGACAACACACUUAGCAUCUAUUAGUCCUUCUCAGCGACCGAUCGAAAACUAAUCUUAAACUCCAUGGUGCUCGCAGUGUAAUAUCAAGCCAAGGAGCGAUAAGCACAUCCACUUGGUUAUUUCCAUUUGAUUUCAUUCAAUCAAAAUGUGAUAUUUUCUUGCACGUUAGGUUUCGAUAAGGUUAACCAUUUCCUUUCGUUUGGUUCCGUGCACAAACUUAUAGCGGAGCUCGCAUCGCGCAGCGAAGUCCCAUACUUAUAAAAAGUGGUAGUGACCCAUAUUUGAGCUAAGGGAAAGUAAAAUUAUUCUGAGGAAACCGACUGUCGAGUUAGCUGACAGCUUAUAACUGAAAAAUUGGGGUCAAACACUAGGGAAAUUGGAUCUUGUUCGUGUUAGCCGGAGGUAAGAAUUAACUGAGUUCGAGUUAGCGGGGUUCUUCUGCACCGCACUAUGAGCAAAAAAAUGUAAAACUUUGACUUGUUUGUGGGUGCACACUUGAUAUAAAAUAAGUGCAACUCAUGUUUUCUUGUGUAAUUGUAUAUAUUUUAACGGAUAACCUUAAGUAUUAUGUUCAUUGCAU